AUGUCGAAGCCUAUCAAGACCACAUCGUCCAAAAUCGAUGCUGCCCCAACUCCUCACAACACGCCCUCUAGUGUGCUGGGCAGUUCGUACCUGAAAAACGGUAAUCCAGCGCGUUCAGUUCCAAAUACUAUUAAGGAAGAGGACAUCACCUCUGCCCUAGCCAACAACCCACAACUUCUGGCCUCGAUCCAGGACAAACUGGGUGAUUUGGUCGGCCAAGACAGCGGUUAUGUCUCGUCGCUCCCACACGCUGUCAGAGAACGGAUAUAUGCGUUGAAAAAACUGCAGCGCGACCUUUUCGAACUGGAAAAGGACUUUCAGCUGGAGAUGUUCGCUUUGGAAGAGAAAUACCUACAGAAAUACGAUCCUGUUCACAAACGUCGUUUUGAAAUCGUCACGGGACAGCAAGAACCGACCGCGAGGGAAAUCGAGGUAGGCAAGCAGAUGGGAGAUGAGCUGGGCACGGUUGCUGAAGAGCCUGAGGAGGAGGAGGAAGAAGAAGAAGAAAGUGGAGAAGACCAGAUCAAGGGAAUUCCAUCAUUCUGGCUCACCGCCUUCGAGAACCUCCCAAUGGUGUCGCAAACGGUCACCAGCGCAGACGCCGAGGUCUUGGAAUGUUUGACCGACGUCAGACUAGAAUAUUUGACCGAGGGCAAACCAGGUUUCAAGCUAGUGUUCCACUUUGACGAUGAGAACCCGUUUUUCAGCAACAAGCAGCUUGUCAAGACCUACUUUUACCAAUCAGAACUGGGCUACUCGGGAGACUUUAUCUACGACCACGCUGAGGGCUGCGAGAUCAAGUGGACCGACAACGAGUCCAACGUGACCGUUUCCGUAGAAAAGCGCAAGCAACGUAACAAGAAUACGAAACAAGUGCGUACCAUUGAGAAGAUCACGCCCGUUGAGUCGUUUUUCAACUUUUUCGACCCCCCCAAGGUUCCGGCAAAGACCGACAAGUCUCACAGCAGUGGUGGCAGAGGCGAUGACGACAACGAGGAUGAAGACGAAGGCGACGAAAACGAAGACGAAGAGGAAGACGCCGAGGAAGUGGCCGAGCUGGAGUCACGUUUGGCCCUAGACUACGCCAUUGGCGAGGAAUUUAAAGACAAAUUGGUGCCUCGUGCGGUGGACUGGUUCACAGGCGCUGCAAUCGAAUUCGAGUACGACGCCGACGAACUGGACGACGACGACGAGGCGGAAUUCGACUCUGAUCUCGACGAAGACGACGACGACGACGACGAAGACAAUGACAGCGAAGACGAUGGCGAUUCUGAAGAGGACAGUGAGCCUAGCGAUUUCAAACCAGCUGCUUCCAACUCCAAAGAACAGCCUCCCGAGUGUAAGCAGGCCUAA